GUCAGAUGGCAACUUGCCCCGAACUUCAUUACAUGGCUGAGGCCCAACCACAUGGAUUCUGCGGUCUGCGCAGCUGGCUACCAGUUGCCAUUAAACCCGCCGUCCUCAAGCUCAAAAACCUUGCAAAACCACAUUAAUGUCGGCAUGAACAAUUUCCUCAUCGCCCAUAACUAAAAGAUUGAAUAUUUGUUGUUUUUCACAUAGACCCAGUUAUUUAUUUUUCCAUUGAUUUUUUUCUGACCCCCAAUUGAAGAAACCCAGGUCGAAUUUCAGCUGCGCGAUUUUUGCCUAGACAAUCUGCGUGCAUAGGAGAUGUUUUUUGUGAGGGGGCUGGCUCGGAUAUCGAGGUCGCGUUACGCUCGUGGUCGAUGGGUAUACGCUUCGUCGGGCGGCGGUGUCUACAGUAACAGCCCGCAAUUGAUCGAGCAAUCGAAUCACUUUCGGUCGGCAGUUCAAUCUUCCCAAGAGGUUUUGGGUUGCAGAGGUAUUUACACUUGGGUUUCAAAUGCCAUAAGUAGUGUUGGACAACAGGCUCAAAUUCAGAGCAGCUCUGCACUUGAGGAACCAGUAGAUCCUUUCUCUCUUGUUGCCGAUGAGCUGUCUAUUCUUGCUAACCGCUUAAGGUCGAUGGUAGUUGCAGAGGUUCCGAAGCUUGCCUCUGCAGCGGAGUAUUUUUUUAAAAUGGGAGUUGAAGGAAAGAGAUUUCGUCCCACUGUUUUAUUGCUAAUGGCAACAGCUUUAAAUGUACCAGUGCCAAGGCAACUAUCUGAGGCUGCCGUUGAUAAAUUAUCCACAGAGUUGCGUUCGAGACAACAAUGUAUAGCUGAGAUCACAGAGAUGAUUCAUGUUGCUAGCCUUCUCCAUGAUGACGUGUUGGAUGAUGCCGAUACUAGACGAGGAAUUGGUUCAUUGAACUUUGUUAUGGGAAAUAAGUUAGCUGUAUUGGCCGGAGAUUUCCUACUAUCUAGAGCUUGUGUGGCCCUUGCCUCUUUGAAAAACACCGAGGUCGUGUCCCUCUUGGCUAAAGUUGUCGAGCAUCUUGUUACUGGAGAAACCAUGCAGAUGACUACCACAUCUGAUCAGCGUUGCAACAUGGAAUACUAUAUGCAGAAGACAUACUACAAAACUGCAUCAUUAAUUUCGAAUAGCUGCAAGGCAAUUGCCCUUCUUGCUGGACAAACUGCAGAAGUUUCGGUCCUAGCCUAUGAUUACGGCAAAAAUCUGGGGUUAGCUUAUCAGCUAAUUGACGAUGUACUUGAUUUCACUGGCACAUCGGCUUCCCUUGGAAAAGGCUCCUUAUCUGAUAUUCGCCAUGAGUUCCCGGAAUUGCGGGCCAUUGUUGAUCAAGGAUUCGACAACUCUGCCAAUGUGGAUCGCGCUCUAGAAUAUCUUGGAAAGAGUCGUGGGAUUCAGAAAACGAGAGAGCUGGCAGCAAAGCACGCCAGCCUGGCGUCAGCUGCAAUUGAUUCAUUCCCGGAGAACGAUGAUGAAAAUGUGCAAAAGUCAAGGAGGGCACUUGUUGACUUAACACAGAGAGUUAUUACCAGGUCAAAGUAAGAAAAAAGAUCGUACGGUGAUUUUCAUUAAGCUCAGGCCACGAGCAGACAGGUUUAGGAAAGUUUUGUUCCUUGUUUUCAUUAUUCAGCUUUUUUCAUGGUACGAUUAAAUAAAUGUGUCCCGCUCAAGUAAAACCGGCCUGUAACCUAGUCAUAUCCAUUGUAAAUUAUGUGCAAUUCGAAAUAUUCUGCUAGGAGAUUUUAUCGGUUCAGGAGGGUUUUUCGAACCUUUCUCUAUGGG